GGUCGCGCGGUGAGGAGCAGAGUAUCUUCCUCCUCCUCCUCAUUCACUCACUCUCUCUCCUCAUUGCCAUAACAACGGAUGCAGCGCAUCAGUCCGCGCGGGAUCAACGUUCAGCAGCCGCGCGGGGCGGAAUAAACCCGUACCGGUGCCAUUAAGACUCCGCAAAGGUGACACACGCACGCACGCGCCUCUCCGAACUAUUUACGUCAAACUGUUUAAGCUGCUUGAGGGAGAUCCUCACCGGGGUUAUUCGGUAACGGUACAACCGGGGAAGGCGAGGGAAGAAGGAGAAGCAGAGAGCAGGAAGUGCAGCGUGGGAAAGCGGGGAAAAUCUCCAGAGAUCUCCAGCGCUCACUUCUCCAUCUACGGUCCUCCCCGUUAAAUUUUUUUUCCCGCCAUGGCUCGGGAGAACGGAGAGGCCGGCGGGGAUUGCUCGUGGAAGAAGCAGGUCGAUGAUAUCAAGGAGAUGUUUGAAUUCAAAGAGGUGCUUGGGACGGGUGCGUUCUCAGAGGUGGUGCUGGCAGAGGAGAGGUCCACGGGAAAGAUGUUCGCUGUGAAGUGCAUCCCUAAAAAAGCACUGAAGGGCAAGGAGAGCAGCAUCGAGAAUGAGAUUGCCGUUCUACGCAAAAUUAAGCAUGAGAACAUAGUGGCGUUGGAGGACAUCUACGAAAGCUCCAAUCACCUCUACCUAAUAAUGCAGCUUGUGUCUGGCGGCGAGUUGUUCGACCGGAUUGUGGAGAAAGGUUUCUACACAGAGAAAGAUGCCAGUACGCUUAUCAGACAAGUACUAGAUGCUGUAAACUACCUCCACAAUAUGGGAAUCGUACACAGAGAUCUAAAGCCAGAGAAUCUGCUCUAUUUCAACCCGCAAGAUGGCUCAAAGAUCAUGAUUAGUGAUUUUGGUUUGUCUAAGAUGGAGGGGACAGGUGAUGUCAUGUCCACAGCCUGUGGAACGCCGGGAUACGUGGCUCCAGAAGUUCUCGCUCAGAAGCCAUACAGUAAAGCUGUGGACUGCUGGUCUAUCGGGGUCAUUGCCUACAUCCUAUUGUGUGGUUACCCUCCCUUUUAUGACGAGAAUGACUCCAAACUCUUUGAGCAGAUCCUGAAAGCGGACUAUGAGUUCGAUGCGCCGUACUGGGAUGAUAUAUCUGAUUCAGCAAAAGACUUCAUCAGUUGUUUGAUGGAAAAGGACCCAACAAAGCGAUACACAUGUGAACAGGCCCUUCGACAUCCCUGGAUCGCAGGAGACACUGCGCUCUGCAAGAACAUCCAUGAGUCUGUCAGUCGACAGAUGCGCAAAAACUUUGCAAAAAGCAAAUGGAGACAAGCCUUCAACGCCACGGCCGUGGUUCGCCACAUGAGGAGACUGCAGUUGGGCAGUAGCAUGGGGAGCAGCAUGGACCAAUCAAACAACGCCAACCAGAACCGCAUACUGAACGCCAACCAGACUCCAAACACCACACCAAACUCCACUGCGGCACUUACCCAAAACCACAAACCUGCUCCCAAUGCAAACGCCGUUCUCAUUAACGAUAUGGCCACCUCUAUACCACGCAAAGACUGUACUGCCCCUCCACACACUUCCUGUUCCCUGGCAUCAGCUGCUUCCUCCUCUGCCUCAGGGGCGGAGCCCUGCAGGCCACUCCCUCCCUCAGUUGCGUCUGUGAGCACAGUGCUAACUGGGACCAAGUGACGCCAGGUUCUGCGGGGAGAGAGCUGGGAGGCCACUGCCCUGUGAGCCCCGCCCCUCAGCCCGCUCCCCGCCCUGCCGUUCAAUAAGGCAAAGGACUGACCCAUCGCCAUAGCAACCACCGAGAGGCUCAAAACACUGCGCGCGCCUAACGCACUCCUGCCAUUUAACCUCCAGGCCACUAGAGGGUGCAAUGCAUGCAGCGGCAGGAGACGGAGAUUUCCAGCAGAAGGCUUCCAUUUUGAGAAGUGAAUUUGUGCGGCUGGACAGAACUGUGAUGUCUUUGCUAUGAAUGUGCUACGAACCUCGCCAGCCAUGAAAAAAAACAACAACAACGAAGAGCGCAGAGGUUUAGGUGCGAAAGCGUGUGCAUGAUCGUGUCCGCCCUUAUAGGAGGAUGGCGCCAAUGUCAAAUGAUUCUUCUUACUAUAUCGUAACAUGUCUAGCUCUUCCCACUUUUCCCUGUUUACUUUCUCUUAUCUACUCACGAUUUAUUGUAUUUCUCGUUAGCUACCAUUUUGAUCUUUCGGGGUUUUCCACUGAUGUGUCACGCUGACCUGCAGAAGUGCUUUUAAUAAUCACGUUAGACUGUUUUGCGACAUUUUUCGAGUCGAGACUUCUGUUUGCACAUUUAUACGAGAGAACAGGUAGCGCAAUUGCUAGCGUUUUACGAGAUGGGAGAUCACCGAUUUGCGACCUCGCCGUCGGGUUUUAGCAUCGGGAAGUUCAAGAUAUCUGUUAAAACAUGCAGUAUGUUUGAUUGUUAUCUUACUUUACUGGAUUUUUUUUUUAAAAAGCAAAGAGAAAACAGCUUGAUCCUGUUACUCUCUGCUUCAAACGUGACUUUAAAUACACACAGACAGUCACUGUUAGUUAUUGAAUAUAGUAUAACUGUUAAUACGCAACACAAAUCUCCCAAAAAGCCAUGGUAGUGUCUUUCUACGCCCAGUGUACGAGUUCUCAGGGAAUUCCGCAGCUGCACUGGGCAACAUAGUGAUGGUAUCUUUAGUAACGCCUCCAUGGUUUGAGAUUGUCUCAUCCAGCUGGAAUAAUGUAAAAAAUAUCGAUUAGGAUGAUGGACAGCUGUUUAACUCUCACGACGAUUGUAUGACAAUUUGACCAUGCGGGAAAACUGAUAUGUUAUGCUACGUUCACGCCGUUUCGGAAUUAGCCCUACCGUGAUUACAAACUCCUGAUAGAGCAAAAGUCGGGCUCUGGAAGUAAAUCCCAUCAGUUUUCUCAAUUGGAGAUUUGAUUUUUAACCAUAACUUAUAAGCCUUUAAUCACCUACUGUGAGCUACGAGGUUGUUUAUCGAUGGUAUAUGAUUUUUUUACAUUUAUCGAUAGCAUUAUUUCAACAUUUUUUAACAAUAAUGUUCAACAGUGGGAGUCCUAGUAAAAAACUACAUUGCCCAUGAUUCUGAAAAAAACUACACUCCCAUGAACCACUAAUGCUAAUGACUGACUUAAUCUGCCUACACUUUCAAACUACUUAAAU